CUUCUACAAACAAGUUCUACAGAUAGUUCUAUCAUUAGACAUCUUCCUCUGGAACAACUGAUUGACAGUGCCUUGAGUCAAAUGCUAGGCAAGCUGUGGUCGCUGGUGGGUCCACAAGUCCCGGUAAUUUCUCUAUAAAAGAACUCGAGCAGCGUGUAAAAUGCAACAAUCACCACCCAGCUUCCGACGCGCCCAGAGUCUUAUAUACGACCGAUCUUCGAGCGUUUUACUGACCAAGAAUCAUGGAGACUUUCUCGUCCUCCCGGUUUCAUAUCAAUCCCGCUUCACCGCUGUCUCAGGCCACACAAUCUACUCCAUGUACAUGGCUCGGUCCAGCAUUCGGUAUUCUAACCACCCUCAUCAACCUGCUUGCUAAAGCAGAGUCCAACAAAAAUGGCAUGCGACAACUCGAGGAACGCUGCCUCAGUUUGUUGGCUAUCAUCCAGAGCGAAGGCGAAACCAUGGCGCCGGAUGACAAAACCAGGCUCUGCUCAGGCGCACAAAGCACCAUCCAAGGCAUCCUCGACAAAAUGACUCCAUGGUGCUUGAUGUCUCGAAUCAAGCUAUUCGUCAAACAGGAUGAACUCGCCGGAGUCAUUCAACAAUGUCAUCUUGAGAUAUCUGAUUGCUUAAACAAGCUACAGAUAACCUCGCACCUCGAGAUCCACAGAUGGCAGUCUGCCUUCGAAGACAACCAAAGGAUCGACAACGAGUAUAUGGUCCAAUAUCUCGGGGACCUCAGAAACAAGCAAGAGAUUCUCAUGAAUAACCAACUGCAACAAGCUGCCGCCGUAAAUCAGAUCUUGACAGUGAUGCAAGAGAAUCUUCCGGGCCACUUCUCUGCAACAGCUGAACGUGGUCUGGAAAGUAACUUAUACAAUCUUCUCCGGAGUUCCAGAAGUUUACUUCCGAACAUGAACCUGAAACGCGGGGAAGUGAGGCGUACCAGUAAUUAUGCUGUGAAUGGAACGAGUCGGACCGAUGUCUGGGAAGGAUGCUACCUUAAUGAGGAGAAGGUUGCCAUCAGAGUCCUGCGCGCAGCCCAUGUUACACCCAAGACACUCAAGAGGUUCAAGACGGAGGCGGAGAUUUGGAGAAGAGUGUUCCAAGCAGACAAAGGAGAACACAUCCUCGCGAUAUACGGUUUUUGUCAGAGCGACGGGGAAUAUCCUUACACUGUAAGCCCCUGGAUGUCCAAUGGGACCUUGAAAGACUAUGUCAAUAAACACCCCGAGGUUAACCACCGAUAUAUCUUGAAAGGCAUUGUCGAAGGCAUCAAAUUAUUGCACAGCAUGUCGGUUGUUCACGGUGACAUCAAAGCGUUCAAUAUCGCCAUCAGCCCGGACGGCAGGCCACUGCUUUCCAACUUCGGUUUUACAAGGCUCGAGGAGGAGAUUAUGGGCUACUUCGACGUCAGCAAUGGCAGCACUCUUAACCAGGAGUCUCUAAGAUGGUGUCCUGCUGAGCUGUGCAGGAGCGGAGGCAAACGUACAAUGGCGUCCGACGUCUAUGCCUUUAGUAUGACCGUGCUCGAGCUUAUGACCCAUGAAGAACCUUGGGUAUCGGUUCGCCUCGCACCUCAAGUCAUCCUUAAGGUCUGUGAGGGCAAAACUCCACCUCGAUCCACGGACCCAGUCGUUGCAGAACGAGGCUUGGACGACGCGCUUUGGGCCCUGUUGGAGAAGUGUUGGUGCAUGAACAUGCAUAAAAGACUCACUAUGAAAGAGAUUGCGAGUUGCUUGUAAUGUCAAGUUUGUAAUGUUUGUCUCUAGUAGCCUAUAGACAUACAGUCGUUUUAAUACUUCGUAUAUGAUAGCAAACUCAUGUAAUUUUGUACUUCCACAGCGUGGGCGCUUUUGCUUGCAUAAUGUUCUUCGA